AUGGCCGCGCAAGUGAGAGAUCGACGAUGAAGAAGAAGGAGAAGCGAAGAGGCGACGAUGUAUUUUAUCCACACAGUUGAAGAGCACCAGCAACAGUGUAUUUUAUUUCAUACGAGUGGAAUAGAGACAGAGUUAAUAAACAACUUGUCGGUGAAAAAGAGAGGGAGUUAGUCCCCAACAAAGUUGGGAAAAGCCGAUGUGAGUGAGAGGGGAGGCGCAGAGUUGAGAAAGAGCCUCACUCGCAACGGCAUGAAACGUUCAGGCAUGUCUCGAACUCCCGGCAUGCUCGUUGCUGGUGAGUAGACACAAAAUACUUGUCUGUGUCCGUUGUAUUUUCACGGGACUUUUCCUCGUUCUUGUGCCACACCGCGAUUAAUAAAUAAUUUUUUUUUUUUUUUCGACAAAAUUAAACAGGUGGAGAUGUGGAAACGAGAUGAGGACUCGGUUCUGUUGUUUUUUCUGUGAUUCAACGGUUUUGUGAUUUGUUCUGUGCUCGUGAAAAUACGGAGGACGUCGUUAAUUGGGGUGAAUACCGUGGGACAUGAGUGAUUUUUUUUUGGUUUGAGAUUCAGCUGAGUGAGUGUUUAUGAGAUCACUUCACAAGACAACAACAGGUACCAGGAAUUUGGAAAUUUCAUCGAGUGACAGUGAUUUAUCAGUUUUUCAACGAGGUUAGCCGCUGUAGUUUGGCCAUCUUUCGAUUGAAUACGACUGCUUUUAGUUACCUCGGUGUUGUAAACAAUCGACGACGAUUGCUGGAUGUUUUGGGAAGAGUUAAUCACUCACUCGUUGAUAAAUGAAAGGAUAAAACUUGAGAAUUUAUUCAGUUCUGGGGAAUGGAUAAACAGGUUGUGGUGAAGUGAGUGAUUUUUGUUAUUUUUUUUUUUAUUUGCUGGAUAUAUCCUGACGAGUGGUUUCAGUGAAGAAAUACAUCGAUUGCUGUUCAUUACGGGAAUUCGUUGGAUUAUUGGAAGUGCCUGGGUCGUGUCCAGUGAUAUUUAUAUACAUCUUAAAAAACUGGUAACAGACACGCAUCUUCUGCUGCUCCCCUCUCCCACCCCUCCUGCCGCCCUCUCUUCCCAUUACCUCCCUCCCCCCCCCUACCUCUUUCCCCUGUUGACUUCUUCUCCCGGCAAUGUUAACGGUGGAAUUCCGCUCUAGAGGAAUCUGAAGGCGGGGACUCUGACGUCACUCCGCUCAUGAUAAUGAGAGCGCACUGAAAUAUGCCAAGGAGACGGAAUGGGGAGAUACCACUUCCGGACGGGUGGGACGUCGCCCAGGAUUUUGACGGAAAGACGUACUUCAUCGAUCAUAACACACGGAAAACCACCUGGAUCGAUCCUAGAGACAGAUUUACGAAGCCACAGACGUUCGCGGACUGCAUUGGAAAUGAGUUGCCCCUCGGCUGGGAGGAGGCAUACGACAAACACGUGGGCGCUUACUACAUCAAUCAUGUCAACCAGACUACUCAGCUUGAGGAUCCCCGUCAAGAAUGGAGGGCCAUACAAGAGGCCAUGCUCAGGGAUUACCUGCAAACCGCACAGGACGUCCUCGAGGCGAAGAAGGAGAUUUAUGACGUGAAACAGCAGAGGCUGUGUCUGGCUCAAGAUGAGUAUGAUCAUCUCAAUAAUGCACUUACUACCCUUGGAGCAUCGCGCACGAGUUUGUGCUCGAGCUCUAGCUCACUCAGUACCAAGUACGACCCGGAUCUCCUCAAAUCCGAUGUGGCAUUGGCGAGGGACCGAGUAUCGAGACUCAAGAGGGAACUGGAGCAAAUACGAGCCGAGAUGAAUUGCACUCAACGAGGAGUCGACACCCUGGCGAGCGUGGAACAAAAACUAAAUGCCCAUCACGGUGGUUGUUACAACAUAACGGAAGCCCAGGCAAUAAUGACAGAGCUCCGUAACAUCCAAAAAUCCCUGUCCUCCGGUGAAAAGGAAAAAGCUGAACUGAUGCAAUCCCUAGCCCAACUAAAGGACGAACUCACAAGGCUACAACUCUGCGAGGGAAGUCCUGACGCAAGUACCCUGAGCCUUCCCCAGGAGAAGCUCAGUACAGCAUCACAAACUGAUUUAUCCGGUGAGCUAGUCCCAAUAGGCACACGACUCGCUGAAAUGGCGAGAAUGAGAUUGCAAUACGACGAGGCGCGAAAGCGAAUUCAAUCAAUUCAACAACAAUUAGCAGAUCUCGAGGAGAAAGUCACACCAGGUCAGACGGAAAGUGACAAGGACAAGCUUUUGCUCUUCCAGGAGAAGGAGCAGUUACUCCGAGAGUUGAGGAGCAUCACCCCAAGGACCAGAACGCACCAGGACAUGAGGAAAAUUCAGUGUGAGAUAAGACGACUCGAGCAGGACUUGAACAAUGCACUAGAGCUUUCAAACAAAACGAUAACAGACAGAGUGAGAUUACACGAGGAAAAACAACUGCUUCUCCAACAAUUGCGUGAUGCACUGCGAUCGAUGGCGAUGUUGGAGGGACAGUUGAAGACACUGAGUGCGAGCACACUGUCAGUGAGCAGUAGUUCGAGCCUUGGAAGUCUGAGUACAACGAGUAGUAAGGGAAGUUUGAGUUCAGGAUUGAGCUUCACUGAUAUCUACGGAGGACCCCAGUGUCUUGGACCUGUUCAGCAAGAACGACCUGUGGAUAUGGUGGAUCUUCACAGAAGAGUCGAUCGACUCCUGCGAGGAUCAGAGCAGAAUUUAGGAAGCAUGGGAACACCAUCACCUGGAAGAUCACAACCAAGUCUCUCACCCAGGUCCAGUCUGUCAUCUGUCAGUCCUCCGGUGUCACCACUUUAUGAAAAUGCACCGAUGGGACCUCCACCUGCUUAUGAGCAGGUGGAAUUACAGAGGAGGCAACAGCAGAGGCUCUUGGGAACUGCCACUUCACAUUUAGACAGGUGUCAGCUUGAGGAUAAACUCGCUGAAUUGAGACUGAGUCAGCAAGCCAUUCAGGAACACAUAACUGCCAGCAGUGAAAAAUUAAAGUUCAGCCCUCAACCACCCUUGGAAAUGCAGAGUGGAAAUAUGUCGCAGGGGAGUGGAUUGGGAAGGCCGGCUUUGUCGUUAUCUCAGGAACCUCCUUUGUCGCCUAUUAGUGAAACACCACCACCUAUUGGAAGUAGAUCAAGGGCAAGUAGCUCGGGGACUAAUACCAGAUCAGUUUCUGCUGCUGUUUCUGAUGAGAGUGUUGCGGGAGAUUCUGGAGUUUUCGAGGCUUCCAAUAGGCGGAGGUUAUCUGGAAUGCAGAGUGUUGACACCAGUUCAUUUGGGGAGAUGAACCUGGAGACUGCUCAAGUGCAAAUUAAAUUGAGGUAUUCAGUGAGUGAUGGACUUCUCCAUAUCGGCAUAGAGAGAGCGAGAAAUUUGGCUGCUCUAUUCAUACCCGACAACACUCGAGUAUAUAUCAAGGCCGCUCUACUGCCCAUGCAACCGCCGAUCAAUCACAUGUGCUGUACUAAAGCUGUGACGGAUUUGCGGAAACCAACAUUUGGCGAGAGCUUUCCAAUUUCUGUUCCACUCAAUAAAUUGUACACGAAAACACUACAGGUCAAUGUUUGGUGUACGAGUGGGGAAUCUGAGGAGUGCUUGGGUUCAGCCCAAGUCUCACUUGCAGAUUUCAGUCCUGAAUCACCGUCCGUAAAAUGGUACAACAUCCUCUCCUUCCGUUUCAUGCAGCCAUCAACCCCAGAGACUUCUUCCUCCUCAAAGCAUCGUCACGACAAACAGGAGUCCGACAUCUCGGUGUACCGAAGUGCCCAGUCCCAAAACACCAAAGAGGAGAGCAGCGACGAGAGUACAAUCAUCAGUUCCCAGACAUCGACUUUGACGCGCAACCAGGGCUGCGAGGAGCUUCAAACGGCCGUCUCCCUUCGUCUGGAGGAGCUCGAGAAUUGUCUGGGUAGUCCAGAAGAGGAGGACGAGGAUCGAGACACCGACACGGGAAGCGAGGACAGCGACGAGGAGGGCAUUCUCGUGGAGUUCAUGACUGAGGAAAAUGUCCUAGAAGACGUUCUAGAGCACGAAGAGGAGGGAGAGGAGGAGGAGGAGGAGGAAGAGGAGCUUGAGGAGUCCACGAAGACACUGGACAAGGAGACCAACACUGAGUGCAUCUUCAUACCGGAGCAGGGCAAGCAAAGAAAAUUGUCAGCAGCUGGUGUUGUCCCAGGGGCUGUUCAUGACGAUAAAAAUUCGAUUUUCAUCAAAAGAAGUCAGACAUUUUCACCGAGUGCUGCUGUCAGUAGAAAUCAUUACAUCUGUCGAUUGAACAGAAGUGACAGUGACAGCUCGAUGCCGCUUUAUCGUCGUGGUGGGCCCUUUCAACGGAAUUCCGUGGAGAGGAGGUCAUUACGCUGGCGAAGGCCAUCGUCAGCUCUCAGCUGCAAGACAGUUUCCAAGAAAUCAACUCAUUUACCCCAGACUGCCAGGACUUCUCUGGAUCUUGAGCUGGACCUUCAGGCACAACAUGCCAGACUCAACAAUCUUCAUGAUGAGCUGAACAGGCUGAGGGACCUCAAGCAGAGAUUGGAGAGUGCUAGGGAGAAGGGGGAUGCUGAUCUUGCUGGGUGGCUGCUAGAGGAUCAUAAGUUUCAGAGGCUCAUGGCUCAGGCGGAGAGUGGCAAGAAUGGGAAGAGUGUGGAAGACAAAAAGGUGGAGAAAAUGCUGAAGAAGACUUCCAAGGAGAUUUAUAAAUUGAGGAAAACGAAGGCGGGAAAGGGAAAACCCGAUAUUAUAUCUUUUAAAGAAAAAAUGGCAUUCUUCACUCGAGUGAACCUCAACGUUCCAGUUCUUCCUCCAGACGAUCAGGAGUCCAUUCACAUUCAGCACAAACGUCACUCAUCAGAGCCCUGCACUGGUCACAUCUCACGUUCAAUCACCCACACAUCAGCAAUAAAUUCAACGAUAAUAAGUGCGCGAAUUGACACUAGAGAAUCGUCUAAAAUCAGUACAAGUGUUCAAGUUACGACAAAUGGUACUGACGUGAAUAAAUCAAUCCGGGAUAUAACUGACGAUAAAAGUGAGGAAACAAAUGGUGAGCCGAAGAGGUACGAGUACGUUGUCGACAGAGUGCUCGGCGUUGAAGUUUAAAAUAGAGGAGGAAAAAAACGAAAAAAAAUCGCUGUAAAUACAUAAAUUAUUUAAUUCCAAACGAAUGUGCGAUAGAACUAUUUAACUCAUGAAUUCAUGUAUUCGAAUCUUCACUCCAAUUUGUUUCCUAUUUUUCAUCGACGAUUUUUAUUGAGUAAAUGGGGUACGUCACCCACCGAGCAGCUGGACUGCGCCGUAAAACAGAGAGAAAAGUUGAGAAAAUGAAUAAAAAUGUAGAAAUCGUGUGCCUGAGAUAUCGAAGAUAUUCAAUUCCCCUUUUACAAAUUUAAAAAAUUGGAAAACAAAUUUUAGAGUGAAUUUGUAAGGGAAGAAUCCUUUUUUGUUGAGGAUGUUUAUUCGGAACUGUGCGUACUCGAAAAGUUUGUAGUUUUUUUAUCUGCUGCAUAUGCUGAUUAAACUCUUCAGCAACUUUACGUUUCAAUUCAAUUAUUUAAUGUUUUCGUCUAUUUUAUUUUUUAUUUUUGAAGUCUCCCAAUAGAUCAAUUAUUGAUUGAAAAAUGAACCCUGUGGAUAAAACCAUUUUUUUAUUUAAUUGAUUUUUAUUUAUUUUAUUAAUUACUCCCAUUAACUGAAAUGUUAAUUUCAUAUGAAGGAUUCGGUCACGUAGACUUCUCAAUGUCUUCGACAAUAGAAAAAAAAUUGACGGAGUUAUUUGACGUGGAUAAAAAAUUUAUGAUUUUUUUAGAUUUUUUUUUUGUAGAAAUUAUUUGAUUUUGGAAAAAUGAAUAAACAUCCUUAAGAAGAUUUAAUGAGUGCCUGCAAUUCUGUUCAUUCUGAGGAACGUGAUUUUCCUGCGCUGUGUAAUUUAAUAAGUGCCUUAGAAUAAAUGAAAAAAAAAUCUCUAAACGAAUGAAAGAUGAAGGAAGAAAAAAUUGCUAAUACAAAUGGUGAUUAAUGACAUAAUGUUUAUGAACAUCAGGUCUGCACAAGACUGGACAUUCUGGUAAAUUAAUGACUUCAGUCUCUGGUUUAACUGCAGAGUUGAAUUAAUGGCUUUUUGAAUAAUUGAGGGUUUAUAAUCUCGGUAAAUGCGUAGUCUUAAUAUGCCCAGAGGGGGAAAAUAAUUCUCUGCUGUUUAUUAUUUUUGUUUCAUAAAUUGUAUCAAAUGAUAGACCCCCUGUGAAAUUGCUUUAACUGAAAAAUGAUGUUAAAAAUACUAAUUAAAAGAAGAGACAGAGCUUUCUCUUAACCCAAAUAAAAAAAAUAUAUUUUUGUAAAAAAAAUUUAGGAAGUUUAAAACUGUAAUUUUGCAAUUUUUUCUUUCAGCGAUUAAUUUGUUUAUCAGGAUUAAUUGGCAGAUUAUUUUGGAAACAUUGAAAAAUAGUUUUUUACGUAGACUAUGAAAUUCUCUAAAAAAAAUUGUUCGUUGAGCCCAAUGAUAAUUUUAUUGAACAGAACGGAAUAUGGAAAAAUAAAAAAAAAUUAGAGAAUUGACGAACAUUGAAUUCAUCGCAUUUUUCAUUUCUCAUGUUCAAAUAUGUUGUAAACUAGUUGAUCUAGACACGCAAGGCACUAAUGAACGAAUUAUCGGCGAACCGGUAUCAACGUCAAGAAGGAAAGCGCGAUAGAAAAUUGAAAAAAAAAAAUCAGAUAAUUAGGGCUUCCGCAAUUCAAUAGAAGUCUUGCGUCGUUGGCGAGUCAAAUGAAAGGGGAUAAUUAUAAGGAAGAAGCACUGGGUUUUUAUAUCAUAAAUUAAAUGUUGACUUUAGUAACAAAACAACAAGGAGAAGGAACAUUGUGAAUGUUAUUUUAAAUAAAAGAAUUCAUUUUUGUACAUAAUAUUGUACAUAUACAUCGAACGAUCGCAUUACACAGUAAUAAAUAUUACUUUAAAUCUUCACUAUAUAUAUAUAUUAGAUAUAUAUAUAUGUAUACAUAUAACGUUGUAAAACAGAGUUAUUUUUUAGAUACCCAAGAGUAACUGGAGAUGAUCGAUUGAUAAUUAACCCAUUAUAAAUACUGCGUACGAAAUGACGAACAGACGAUUUAAAAAAAUUUAAACACUGAACAACUAGAGUAUAAUGAUGGAGUAGAGAACAAUAUGUAUUAUUAAUGUUUACAAUGAAUGCUUUGUAAAAAUGAUUCGUAUAUAAAUAAUUGAUGAAACAUUAA